CGAGGCAAGGCCUCAAGGGGCGGGGUCUGGGGAUGGGGCGGGGCUUCGAAGGGGACGCUAGGGACGAGGAUUACGAAAAGGAAGCGCUGGGGGCGGGGACCCAAUGAGGAAACGUGCUGGGGGCGGAGUCUCCAGGGAAGGUGCUGAGGGAAGCGCUGGGGCGAGAACUCGGAGAGGGAACGCACUGAAGGACCCUGCUGAGUCUCGGGAAGCUUCUACUGGAGCGAUGCCCCGGAAGCGGCGGCGACGUGGUGGUAUUCGAGGCAUCGCCUCCCGGGAGGAAGGCCGAAGCAGCGGACGCAGCAUCUUCCCCUUCAGCCUGCUGCCCGUGGAUUGUCAGCUGCACAUCUUCUCCUUUCUGACUGAGGCGGAAAAGUGCACGGCAGCAGAGGUGUGCCGAUCCUGGAGCCAGCUAAUGCGCACGCCCCGCCUCUGGCGCACAGCCGAUUUCAUGCGGCUUGGUGCCUUCCAGUCUGGCCUGGAAGUGGUGCUGGUGUCAGCGCGUGAGUUUGAGCGCUGGAAGGACUGGGUGCACCAGUAUGCUUACCACCUCAUGGCCCGAGGAGCCAGCCUGCUGCGGCUCCGUGCCAGCUUUGACCUGGCUGAUCAGGGGGCCCGCUGGGCCGACUUCCUCACUGGCUUCCUGGAAGGUGUUCACUGUGGGGAUCUUCGGGACUUGGAGCUGAACUGGACCCUGACGCAUCUAGAGCCCCCAGACUUCUACCCACCGGGCACGUGCAGCAUGACCCAGGUGAGCCUCACCAAGCUGGACCAGAUCCACAACUUCCAGGUGCUGUUGGAGAGGCUGUUGGUCAGGGCACCUCGCCUCAGCCGGGCCAAGCUACCUUUUGACUGGUCUGCCCGAUCAGUGGCACUGCUCACUCGCUUCCAGCAGCUCCGAACCCUGGAGCUCAAAUACUUCUGGAGCUUCAAGGGGGUAUGUCCAGAUACCAUGCAGGAACUGACAAAGGCUCUGCCUAACCUUAAGACCCUGGUCCUGCACGUCCUGGUGCCUGUUAAGGACCUAGGUGUAUCAUAUGCACUUGAGUCCCGAUCCCUGGAAACUCUAGAUGUAUCCCAAAGCAGGGGCCUAGUUUUCCGACACCUCGACCUGCCAGCACUUAAAGCCCUCCGGGUGAAGAAAACAGUCAGGGGUAUAAUCCUCAACUGCCGCACAAGGCUGGCCCUGCAGAGCCGCUGGGCCUGCCUCUACACACUUCUGUGCCGUGGGACUCCCAAUCUUCGAGUCCUCAAUAACCAGACCCUGCUGCCUCACUGGCGGGAGCAGGCCUAUAAGGAACUGCAUGCCUUAUUACUCCAGGCCUGCUAUUGUACCCGCCAUUCAGAUACCUGGCUCCUAUGAGGGUCAUGGGAGCUCCCCCCACCCUUUCCCCAAUGUUCCUAGCUCUCAGGGUAUGGGCCCACCAAGCAGUAAGGAAAUCAGCUACCCUAUCCCUCAAAGCACCAGGUUGGAAAUGAGGGUAGUGUGAUUAGGGCUGAAGGAAUGCUGAACAGGGGAGGCUGGGUUCACUGGGACUGUUUGUAAUGGAGGAGACUUUUACAUUGGUAUUGCCUUUA